AUGCUGCGAGAACUCACAGAAGAUGAACACGGAGCUAAUGGAUCGAUAGCUGUGAAGCGUAUAAUGCAGGAAGCCCGCGAGCUCCAGAACGAUCCAUCUACGGAGUAUACUGCCGCACCCCUUGAGGACAAUCUCUUCGAAUGGCACUGUACACUUCGUGGUGCACCUGAUACGGACUUUGAAGGCGGUUUAUACCACUUCCGCAUAAUUCUUCCUGCCGAAUAUCCCUUUCGACCGCCAUCGCUUAUGAUGCUCACACCAAGCGGACGCUUCGAGACACAUACAAAGUUGUGUAUUAGCUUCACGAACUAUCAUGAGGAACUUUGGCAGCCAGCGUGGGGAGUCCGAACGGCAAUCAUCGGACUGCAGGGAUUUUUCCCGCUAAAGGGUCAAGCGGCCAUGGGCGUUGGUUCAAUGGAGGCACCCGGUUCAGAACGCAGACGACUUGCCAAAUUGUCACGCGACUGGGUAUGUCCGCAAUGUAAGAUUCCGAACCGCGAAUGCCUGCCAGAUCCG